AUGAUCUCCCCCGACCAACCUCGUUCGAGCAGCCAGUCCCGAGCUAUACGGCCUUCUCCCGCUGGGUACGAUGCCUCCUCCCCAACGAGCCGCUCCGAAACCCAUCACAGUCCAACCCGGGCUCCAAUGACAACCGCAUGCGAUCUUGCGCGACCGAAGGCAACCAACGACCUCCUAACCAGCGACCAUGCCCUGCAAGAUGGUAGUCCGCGGCUGCUUACUGGAGGACGCUUUCUCAGAGAGCCCCUACGACCUGGUUCACGGUCUCCCUCUCAGAGCCCGUUCCGUCUCACCAUGCCUAGCAUGUCACCAGGCCAGCUCGCUUUCUCCACCAUGCAAUACCUCCCAGUACCGACCAUGGUCCUCAAUAAUCUCAAAACGGUUGUGCUUGCCAAUGAGGCCAUGGGACGUAUGCUAGGAAUUGUCACCGAAGACGAGGAUGAGGAGGAUGCCCCAGCAACCAUCGACUACCUCCGAGGCCAGACACUGUCCCAGGUCGGUAUCGACAUGCUGCAGGACGGACGGCCUGUAUGGGCAACGUGGGAGGGUUUUCUGGAUACGCUGGGAGAGGAGAUGGGAGUCCGGGCCGCCAAAAAGGAUUCCCGCCAACAGUCUCCAUGCGGCGGCGAUGCCACCCCGACCACGAGCAGCAUGCCUGUCCCCGACCGACGCCAGAGUGCAACCCCACGCCACACCCAGGACGCCAUCGUCGAAGUUGUUGUAUCGCGCAAGGGCAUCGCCAAGGCUGUUUUUGACGAUCGCUGCAGGGUCAAGGAAUCCGAGUAUCAAGUCUUCGCCAAAAUGAUUAUUACCAUCUGGGAGCUUGAAGACCGACAGACCUUCUUCAGUUUGACCUUCACAAGUACCCAAUCGCCCUCGUCUGCUCUAACAUCAACCAAAAAGGCAGUUGCACGGCCAAGCGUCCUCGAAGCUGCUGAUCGCCGGACAAUAACUCACUCUAAUCCAUCAUCCGUCUCCUCCAGUCGAGACUCCAACUCACCUUCCUUCCACAGUCCUGGCGUCGUCACCAUGUCGUCCAGUCCAUUCCCCCCGAUGGGCCCGCCUCCUGUUGUUUCGCAAUCCAGCACACCCUCGCUACUGCAGAAGAUGCUCCUAAUGAAGGAUGCCCUCCUUAACAAUACCCAAAUGCCCAUUCUCGCCAUGUGGAAGGAUGGCAGCGUCACGUUCCCCAACAAGGCUGCCCGGAAGCUGUUCGAAAAAGACGCUCCUCUCGAUGGAUCGGUUGACGGCUUUGAGCUUUUGGAGCACUGGCACAUGUACACCGACGACUUUUCCCGCCAGCUGAACGUUGACGAGUACCCAAUCUCUAUCCUACUCAAAACCGAGCAACCUUUCUCUAGUAUCCGCAUCGGCAUGUACGAUGAUGAGGGGAAGAAAAUCGUUUACGACGUGCUCGGAGAGGCUAUUCGAGAUGACACCACAGGCGAGUUUCUCGCAGGUGUCGUUACAGGCCGGGAUGUCACUGUCAUGACCGAAGAGAUAUCACAGAUUAAGCAGCGUGACGAGGAGCGAUUCAGGCUGAUAUGCGAUACCAUGCCUCAACUAGUAUGGACUACGACGCCCGAUGGCUCAGUGGAUUUCUUCAACACUCGGUGGUACACUUACACCGGACUGACCCCCGAUCAGAGCCUUGGCCAGGCUUGGGGGAAACCGUUCCACCCUGACGAUCUGCCGGAUGCUAUCAGGAAGUGGGAGCAUUCUCUGGCGACAGGUGAUGAAUACGUAACAGAGUACCGAUGCCGCAGCAAGGAAGGCGAAUGGCGGUGGUUCCUCGGCAGGGCACUACCUUUGCGCAACAAAGAAACCGGCGUCAUUGAGAACUGGUUUGGGACAUGUACUGACGUCCACGAGAGUAUCCAAACCAAAAUCAAUGCCAAGCGCACACGGCAGCAGUUGCUGAGCGUCAUAGCUCAUUCCCAUGUUACACUCUUCACAGUUGAUCCGAACCGCAAAGUCACCAUGCUCGAAGGAGCCCUUAUCUGGAACAACACGCAUGAAGAGUGCCAUGAUGGGACUAGGUGGUUUAUUGGAGAGAACAUGUACAAGGUGUUCAACCGCCUUACAGCACAACUAGAAGAUGGUGAGCGCCCCGCGUUCCUCGGGCCUAUCGAGGAUAUACUCGAUGGGAAGACUCUCGAGGAUGUCCACGAACAUGGAAUUGAUGAUCGUUGGUACCGAACUCGCUUCCUUCCCAUGAUGGGAAAGGCGACCCCAGAAGGCAAAAUAACCAGCGAGCCGUGUGUUGAGGGCGUCAUUGGUGUCAUCAUGGACGUGACUGAACUGAAAGUCCGGGAGGAGGCGUUGCAGAAGCAAUCCAAAGAGAAGCGAAAGGCCAUUGCGAACGAAGCUGCCGCAAAGGAGGCCAACAGGCUCAAGAGCCAGUUCCUCGCCAACAUGUCUCACGAAAUCCGGACACCCAUUACGGGUGUACUCGGGAUGGCCGAGUUGUUAUCUGGAAUGGAGCUGAAUGAAGAACAAGAAGAAUACGUUGACAAUAUUCAAAGUUCCGCAACAUCCUUACUCACUGUCAUCAACGACAUCCUCGACUUCUCAAAGGUCGAGUCUGGGCGGUUGGACGUUGAGGAGGUCCAGUUCUCGCUGUCGCACAUCGUCAAGGAAGUUGAAAGGAUGCUUCAGUUUGCCGUCGAGCGAAAGAACCUUGAUUUCCACUCGGAUAUUGGUGGUGACAUCGAAAAUGACUUGGUUGUCAUGGGAGACCCCGGACGCGUGCGACAAAUCAUUACGAAUCUUCUGACGAACAGCAUCAAGUUCACCAGUCAAGGAUACGUCAGAUUCUCUGUAGUCAAAGAGAAAGAAACGCCCGAAUCGAUUGAGGUCAGGUUUACGGUUGAAGAUACGGGCAUUGGCAUCCAAGACGACGUGCGCAAGAAGCUCUUUCAGCCGUUCAGCCAAGGAGAUGCCUCGACUGCAAGGCGUUUCGGCGGUACUGGCCUGGGCCUCACUAUUUGCAAGAACCUUCUAGAUCUUAUGCAUGGACGCAUCACGUUGGAGCCGAAAGCGAGCAACGGGACUGUUGCAACCUUCUGGAUUCCCUUCAACAAGCCGAAUGGUCCCGCUGAGGCGGGCUUGGCCCAAGCUGGCGCCAUCCCUAAUCGACUACAGUCUGAGCUGAGCAUGUCUUGCAACAGUUCAGAGUACGAACAACUUGUCGGGACUCCCCCAAUGUCAGAUAGCGUCCAGGCCGCUCCUUCAUCUAUACCUCGCCGAUCCAGAUCUAUUUUGACGCCAUCUUCAACUUCUGAUCCAGAUUUGCCACAAUCAGAACGCGCCAAGAUCCACAUCUUGGUGGUCGAGGAUAACGCUAUAAAUCAGAAGAUUGCGACCAAGACGAUCGGCAGACUGGGGUUUCAAGUUACUGCGGCAUGGAAUGGAAAAGAAGCACUGGAUUAUCUUUUGGGAACUUCGAAGGGCAUCAACCCGAAGCCCGACAUUAUCUUGAUGGACGUUCAAAUGCCCAUCAUUGAUGGUUACAAGUGCACCCACCUCCUCAGGCACCACCUCCCCUACAAAACAUUGGUUCACGACGUCCCGAUUGUGGCGAUGACGGCAUCGGCAAUCCAAGGUGACCGAGAGAAGUGCACCAGGGCUGGGAUGGAUGAUUAUUUACCAAAGCCUGUGAGGGGCCCGAUUUUGGAGAAGAUGCUCAUCAGGUGGUGUCAUACGAGGCGUCAAGGGACCACACCAGAUCCAUCGACGUCCGACUGUUCAGAGAGGAGCGAGCACUGUGACAAUGCCGAUAUACCUCAUGUUGGUAUCGAAGAAAGCGAUAUGCCACCACUGGGUCGGACCUCGGAAGACUACAAUAGUCCAAUCACCCCUAGGCCUUUGACGACGAACGGGCUACAGAGCGAGCAAUCUCCAUUCGACUCCCCUAUGCCUGACCUAGCACCUCAAGUGAGGCGACCAGACGGCGAGCAGGAGUGGACCAACCAUCUUCAGGAAACGAAACUUAUUGACGCAGCGGGCGGGCCGCCAGGAUUCAAGAGCACCAAUUCAUACCAGGGACGAGACGGAGGAGACUCAUUGACCGAAGAGAAUGUCAACAAGUUGAAGUGUGAGAACCAGCCUCCUCGUCGGUAG